CCUAUUAUCCUUUUUCAGUUAACUCAUAACCGCAACCAUAUGCUUUAUCCCAAGUAAAGUAAAUAUCCUCACUUCCAAUGGCGCUUCAACUGCCAUUCCCACCUCUCUCUUCUUCCUCAUUGUUAUCCUCUUCACCCUGCAAAAUUUGCUCUAUUCCCUUCUUACCCUCUGCUCAUAAACACCUUUCCUCUUCCUUGAAUUUGCAAAAAAUUCAGUUUAAAAGUAGUAGUAGUAGAGGAAGAAGCAGUUCUUUGAGGCCUUUAUUUGUGAGCAAUGAAGAAGCUAGUGUCACUUCCACUGUUAGUCAAGAAGAUGAUGAUGAUGAUUAUGAACCAGAUCCUGAAUCACUUGAAUACGUUUCUCAAAUUAAACGAGCUUUGGAGCUUCUCAAGAGGAAUCGGGAUAUGCUGUUUGGUGAGGUUAAGUUGACUAUAAUGAUUGAAGACCCCAGGGACGUCGAGCGGAAGCGGCUGCUUGGCAUUGACGAUGAAAAUGCUCCAACUAGGGAUGAAUUAGCUGCCUGUUUAGAAGAAAUUAAUGAAGGAAAAGUACCAAAAGAUAAGGUUGCUCUGCAGAUGCUUGCGGAAGAGAUGAAUUCAUGGCCUAAUUUGGAGGUUGAAGCCACAAAGCAAAAUAAGAGCAGAUCCCUCUAUGCAAAAGCCACGGACACUGGUAUUGAUCCAAAAGAGGCUGCUAAGCGGCUCAAGAUUGACUGGGAUUCAGCAGCUGAAAUUGAGGAGGCAGAUAAUAGUGACGAGCCAGACGUUAAUCCAGCUCUGGGAUACGGAGCUUUAUACUUGGUCUCUGCAUUUCCAGUCAUCAUUGGCAUCUCUGUUGUGUUGAUUCUCUUCUAUAAUUCUCUACAGUGAUACAGCUUUUGGUAUUUUUGCAGGGUCCGUAAAUUACACGAUUUGUCCUUUGAAUCAUACAAUAGUGGAACUUGAAUAUUGCUAUAGAAAAUUUAUGUGUAUCAGUUUUUAUAUAGAGCUCAUGUAUUGAGUAUAAAUUCUCCCCUCUCUAGGCACCAAAUUCAUUCUGCAUAUUCUUUGUGAAUGAAUGCGUACUUUAGCUAUGUAAGUGAAUCAGUUAGAUCUCUUUCAUAUACGACGUUAUCGUUUCGUCU